CGCCGUCCCCGGGUCGGGUGGCCACGAGGCCCCGCCGCGUCGUCCCGCGCUUGUCGGCCCCGAGGCUGCAGCCAUGUCGCGGGGGCCGGAGGAGGUGAACCGGCUCACGGAGAACACGUACCGGAAUGUUAUGGAACAGUUCAAUCCUGGACUACGAAACUUAAUAAACCUUGGAAAAAAUUAUGAAAAAGCUGUCACUGCUAUGAUCCUGGCAGGAAAAGCCUACUACGAUGGAGUGGCCAAGAUUGGAGAGAUUGCCACUGGGUCCCCUGUGUCAAUGGAGCUGGGUCACGUCCUGAUAGAGAUUUCAAGCACCCACAAGAAGCUCAAUGAGACUCUGAAUGAAAAUUUCAAAAAAUUCCAUAAGGAGAUUAUCCAUGAGCUGGAGAAGAAGACAGAACUUGAUGUAAAGUAUAUGAAUGCUACUCUCAAAAGAUACCAAGCAGAACACAGGAAUAAGUUAGAUUCUCUGGAGAAAUCUCAAGCGGAACUGAAGAAGAUCAGGAGAAAAAGUCAAGGAGGCCGAAACGCACUCAAAUACGAACACAAAGAGAUUGAGUAUGUGGAGACCGUGACCUCCCGCCAGAGCGAAAUCCAGAAGUUCAUCGCAGAUGGCUGCAAAGAAGCUCUUCUUGAAGAGAAAAGGCGCUUCUGCUUCCUGGUGGACAAGCACUGUAGCUUUGCCAAUCACAUACACUAUUAUCACCAGCAGUCUGCAGAAUUACUUAAUUCCAAGCUGCCCCGGUGGCAGGAAACCUGUUGUGAUGCCACAAAAGUGCCAGAGAAAAUCAUGAACAUGAUAGAAGAGAUCAAGACCCCCAUCUCCACACCAGUGUCUGGAACACCACAGCCAUCACCCAUGAUCGAGAGAAGCAACAUGAUUGGGAAAGAUUAUGACACCCUUUCUAAACACUCACCAAAGAUGCCACCAGCUCCUUCAGUUAAAGCCUACACCAGUCCUUUGAUUGAUAUGUUCAAUAACCCAGCAACAGCUACACAGAGUUCAGAAAAAAUAAAUAACUCAACAGACACUGUGGAGGAUCCCAGUUUACAGAGAUCGGUUUCUGUUGCAACUGGACUAAAUAUGAUGAAGAAGCAGAAAGUCAAGACCAUCUUCCCUCACACUGCUGGCACCAACAACACCCUACUCAGCUUUGCCCAGGGAGAUGUCAUCACAGUGCUCAUCCCUGAGGAGAAGGACGGCUGGCUCUAUGGGGAACAUGACAUCACCAAAAUGAGGGGUUGGUUCCCAUCGUCAUAUACAAAGUUGCUGGAAGAAAAUGCAAAGGAAGCCGUCUCUGUGCCCACACCAAGCCCUGUGCCUGUGAGAAGCAUGAGCACUGUGGACUUGACUGAGAAGAGCAGUGUGGUCAUCCCCCCUCCCGACUACCUGGAGUGCCUGUCCAGGGGAGCCACCACAGACAAGAGAGCAGAUGCUGCCAAGACUACUUCCACCUUCAAAGGCCCAGUGUCCAGGUCAGAUACUACAUCCACAUCUCCGAAUGAUGCAAAUGGGACCGCAAAGCCGCCUUUUCUCAGUGGAGAAAACCCCUUUGCUACUGUGAAACUUCGGCCAACAGUCACAAAUGAUCGAUCAGCACCAAUCAUUCGAUGAAGAUGCCAAGGAUACUGUGGAUUUUGCUAACGCUGAGUUCUCACCUGCAAGAUGAUAGGUAUACAAUAUACGCUGCUGGACAUGCUGGGACUGUCAAAGCUUCCAAGGGUGCCUGAUUUCAGUGAAUCCUAUUCGAGCAAAUCAAUGCAUUCUCUCAGUUUAACAUAGCUGGGUAUACACAUUUCUGUCUUUAAGAUAAAUGAAUAACAACAUAGUGGAUAGCUCAUUUAAAAUAUUUUCUUCUUUUUCUAUUCCAAAAGAAAAAAAAAAAAAACAGUAAAUUUGGUUCCAAUUCUUACUCUUUGAUUUUUUUUUUAAGGAAAUAACCAGAAUAAGGGAUAGUCUAUGACUUCAUGCCUGUCUUCCUGUAGCUGAAUGCGAAUAAGACCAGAGCUUUACUCUAUAAAGGCCUGUGCUCUUUAAGUAGCAUUAUGAUGUUCGUCUAAAGAAAAUACUAUGCAAGUUUGCAUCUUAGCAUACAAAUCCACUAAGCAACAUAAAUUAUGAAACUAUAUUAAACAUAAUUUUUUUUUUUUUGGUCUUUUUGAGACAGGGUCUCCCCAUAGCCCCAGCUGUCCUGGAACUCAUUAUGUAGACCAGGCUGGCCUUAAACUCACAGACAUCUGCCUGCUUCUGCCUCCCGAGUGCUGGGAUUAAAGGCGUGCGCCACCAAGCCCGGCUACAUAUAAUUUUUUAACUGACAAUUUUAAAUUUUUGAUUAAACAAAUGUAGAGCUCUCAAAGAUGGAGAGAUCCCAACUGCUCCUGACUGACAUGCUGCAGAGUGCAGAGUUUGCUGGCCCUCAUUCACAGCCAUAUUUGACACUUGCAAAAUUAUCUCCAGGAGCUACUAAGCUCGGUGUUACAAGCUACCAGCGGGAGUGACCCUGGCCCAUCCUAGUUGUCCACAAAGUGGCCUGGCACAUCUGAGUGCUGUUUGCAACUCUUCCUAAGCUAGGGGGCCAAAGCUCUGUCCAUUCCUUACUGGGAAACCUUCUGAGGUCCAAGGUUCUCUGUAUUUGAAUCAGGUACUGGCCUAUAAAUGGCAAUUCUGGAGCCAAAUGACCAGUGUUCAGGAGGGACAAGGCCUCUAUUCUAGCCCAGCACCAACUUCUGCUCCGGCCUUUAUACAUAGCUCUAAGCCAGGAUUGAAGUCUGUCCCUACCUGUCCAAGAUUUAGACCUAUUUUGGAAUGGCAAAUGAUGACUAAAAUCCCUACCACCACCACCACAACCCCAUCCCCACCCCCACCCCAGUUAUCACAGCUUCUUGAUCUCACCAGAGACUGGUCCACCUUACAUGAGACUUCAGUCUUUCCAGCUGGGCCAGGCAGUCCCUGGGGGUGGGGGUAGGGAGCAAACCUGAUACCUCCAUGAAGGGCUACUGGCCUGUGCUGACACCCUCACUAAACCAUAAGGUCUGGGUCAUGCCACAUGCAGCCACAUUGUAUUGGGAGGUAUUCCAGGCUGACAGGGAAAGUAGUUGUCAAAUAUCAAAUAUAUUCCACUAUUUUCCCCUACUAUGACCAAAAUGUAAGCGCAGCGUUAAGCUGGGAAGCCGUUUUCAGCAACGGAGAAUGAGUGAGGUACAGACUUCAGAACUGUGAAGGAGAGUGGGGAUAAGGACAUCCCCUGAGUACAGAACAGGCCUGCAGAGUGGUACUGCAUGCUCUCCAAGCGAUGGGUUCCCCUCACAGGGUCACUUGCCUUGACUAUGUCCCAGUUGGUCAGGACUGAGGGACUGAGGGUGUGCUCUGCAAAUGCCAAGGUUAAUGUCAAUAAUAAAGGAGAGUUUGAAAGAUG